CCCUCCCCGCUCGGUUCCUCUAGCUGAUGCUGCGACCGAGCUCCUGUGCGCGCGGGCUCUCGCAGCGCUCAACCCUCCUUCCCCUCCUCCUCCACCAAAGAUGUCGCAUGAGCUUCUCCUCUCACCGCGGCGUUUCUUUUCUUUUUCUCCCAGUGUCCUUAACAGUUAACCGAAUUCAUUCAAAUUAGCAGCUCUCAUAGCUGGGAGCAGCUACCCCUCGUCCAGCUGCCCCCCCCCUCUCACCCCCCUCCCCACAACGGAGGUGUUUAAACCCUCAGCCCGGCGCAUCCUCUCUCUCUCUCUCUCUUUUCACUCUCUCUCUCUCUCUCUGUCUCUCUCUCCUCAAACCGCCGCAGAACUCAGCCGACCAACCGUCAGGUGACCGCGCGGGGAGGAAUAUUCAUCAGCACCGUCGUCGUCGUCUCUCAUCCUUCCAUUCCUUCGGACUCCAGGCAACCGGAGCUGCAGCCGCCCUGGUCCCCCCUGUAUCCUCUCAUCCGGUGUGGGACAUUCUCCGCUCCACUCACACGCAGAUUAACGGGGAUUCUGCCUCCCCGCCCGCGCGUUGAUGCUGAUGUCCUUGAGCUCGGCCUGCACGGUGAGUCGGUCCUGGUGGUGCAGCAGUAACUACCUCUGAACUGGAUCCACUUCCUGUCUCUGAUUUAUCAGCCGCCUUUGCCUCGCUCGCCCCUCUCUCCAUCCAUCCAUCAUCCCUUCAUUCCUGCCUGUCAGUCUAUCAGCCUGUCCGUCCAUGGACUGGCCGUGACCCUGGAGGGAGGGGGACAGAAACGAGGAAAGAGCGGAGUUGCAGAGGAGACGAAGGAAAAGAAAGCUGGAUUCAUUCAGACGUCACGCUUCUGAAGUACCCCUGCUCGCUGUCCUUCAUCCCCCUCACCCUCCUCCUCCGAUUAUGGAGAAUUAAAGGAGCAGUGGGAGGCUAGGCCAAGAUAGUGAGAAGAAAAAAAAAACAACACCCCUUCAUUGCCCUUUUAAUUAAAAAAAGGGGUUAGGUUUAUCAUUAUAAUUAAACAUUUUUAAGCAAGAAAUCAAGACAGAACCGAGACUCUGACUGUUGAGCACAUGAGCCACUUUCCACCAACCAAACAAAAGGGGAACUGAGUUGAGGACAGACUACGGAGAGAAAGGAGGACCAAAAUAGAAAAAGAAACUUUCUGACAUGUCAACAACAGCCACAAUGGGUGAAAUGGCAAACAGCGCGGUGGAGUUUUAUCCCAAAGGGACUCGAGGAGGGGGUGGAGGUGGAGGAAGGGCAGAUGGCCGCCAUGCAGGGGGAGACUUUGGGGUCACGGUCGAAGAGCUGAGGGAGCUGAUGGAACUCCGAGGGGCUGAUGCCCUGAAUAAGAUCCAGGACAGCUACGGAGACACAGAGGGGCUCUGCCAGAGACUACAGUCCAGCACCACUGAUGGUCUCAGUGGGGACCCAGCAGACCUGGAGCGUCGGUGCCAGACGUUCGGCCAAAACUUCAUCCCCCCAAAGAAGCCCAAGACUUUCCUUGAGCUUGUGUGGGAGGCUCUACAGGAUGUCACGCUCAUCAUCUUGGAGAUUGCUGCCAUCAUCUCCCUUGCACUCUCUUUCUACCAACCUCCUGGAGAGGAAACCCAUUCAUGUGGGAACUUGGCUGCGGGCGCAGAGGAUGAAGGCGAGGGUGAGGCCAACUGGAUCGAGGGUGCGGCCAUCCUGCUCUCUGUUGCGUGUGUCGUCCUGGUGACAGCGUUUAAUGACUGGUCCAAAGAGAAGCAGUUCCGGGGUCUACAGAGUCGGAUUGAGCAGGAACAGAAGUUCACUGUUGUGCGGAAAGGAAAUGUCAUCCAGAUCCCCGUGGCUGACAUGGUGGUGGGGGACAUGGCCCAGGUCAAAUACGGGGACCUGCUGCCAGCUGAUGGUGUCUUGGUCCAAGGCAACGAUCUGAAGAUAGAUGAGAGCUCUCUCACAGGAGAGUCUGACCACGUACGCAAGUCUGUGGAUAAGGACCCCAUGCUGCUCUCAGGUACCCAUGUGAUGGAGGGCUCAGGAAGGAUGCUUGUGACGGCUGUUGGUGUCAACUCGCAGACGGGCAUCAUCUUCACUCUGCUGGGUGCCGGAGAGGUGGAGGAAGAUGGUAAAGAAAAGAAAGAGGACAGUGCUCAGUUGCUCAUCUCUACAGAUGCCAGUCACAGCACAGUCACCAAUGGAAAACAACCUGAUGGAGCUGUGGAGAACAAUCAGAACAAAGCCAAGAAGCAGGACGGGGGUGUUGCCAUGGAGAUGCAACCCCUGAAGAGUGCAGAGGGAGGGGAGGUAGAGGACAGAGAGAAGAAGAAGACCAGCGUUCCAAAGAAAGAGAAGAGUGUGUUACAGGGCAAGCUUACCAAACUGGCUGUUCAAAUUGGCAAAGCAGGUUUGGUGAUGUCGGCCAUCACUGUCAUCAUUCUGGUCCUGUACUUUGUCAUCGACACGUUUGUUGUCAAAGGUCAGGCGUGGCUGACAGAGUGUACUCCGGUCUACAUCCAGUACUUUGUCAAGUUCUUCAUCAUUGGAGUCACUGUGUUGGUGGUGGCUGUCCCAGAGGGCUUACCUCUCGCUGUCACCAUCUCUCUGGCUUACUCUGUCAAGAAAAUGAUGAAGGACAACAACCUUGUUCGCCACCUGGAUGCAUGUGAGACCAUGGGCAAUGCCACAGCGAUCUGCUCCGAUAAGACUGGCACCCUCACCACCAACCGCAUGACUGUGGUGCAGGCUUACCUUGGUGAUGUGCACCAUCGUGUGAUCCCGGACCCUGGACAGCUCAACCCCCGGACACUGGAUCUGUUAGUCAAUGCUAUCGCAAUCAACAGCGCCUACACUUCCAAGAUCUUGCCGCCUGAUGUUGAGGGGGGUCUGGCUAAGCAGGUGGGAAACAAGACGGAGUGUGGCCUGCUGGGAUUUGUAUUAGACCUACAGCAGGACUACACCCCUGUCAGAGAGCAGAUCCCUGAGGAGAGACUGUACAAGGUGUAUACAUUCAACUCAGUACGUAAAUCCAUGAGCACAGUGAUCAAGCUACCAGACGGUUCUUUCCGCCUCUACAGCAAAGGAGCCUCUGAGAUCAUGCUGAAGAAGUGUUCCUACAUCCUAGAUGCCAAUGGAGAAGCACGCAGUUUCCGCCCACGUGACAGAGAUGAGAUGGUCAAACAGGUGAUUGAGCCGAUGGCAUGUGAGGGGUUGAGGACCAUUUGCAUUGCAUACCGUGACCUGCCGUCCAAUCCGGAGCCAGACUGGGAAAAUGAGGCAGAAAUAGUGACAGAGUUGACCUGCAUCACUGUGGUUGGGAUAGAAGACCCUGUACGGCCUGAGGUGCCCGAGGCCAUCCGUAAGUGUCAGCGUGCGGGCAUCACAGUGCGGAUGGUGACUGGUGAUAACAUUAACACAGCCAGGGCCAUCGCCGCUAAAUGUGGCAUCAUCCACCCUGGGGAUGACUUUAUCUGUCUAGAGGGCAAAGACUUCAACCGACGGAUCAGGAAUGAGAAAGGAGAGAUUGAACAGGAACGUAUUGACAAAAUCUGGCCCAAACUCCGUGUGUUGGCUCGAUCUUCGCCAACCGACAAACACACACUGGUCAAAGGCAUCAUUGACAGUAGCAUCAUAGAACAGAGGCAGGUUGUCGCAGUAACAGGAGAUGGAACCAAUGAUGGGCCAGCUUUGAAGAAGGCUGAUGUGGGCUUUGCCAUGGGUAUUGCGGGGACAGAUGUGGCUAAAGAGGCAUCUGACAUCAUCCUGACUGAUGACAACUUCAGCAGCAUUGUGAAGGCGGUGAUGUGGGGACGAAAUGUCUACGACAGCAUCUCCAAGUUCCUGCAGUUCCAGCUCACGGUCAAUGUAGUGGCUGUCAUAGUGGCCUUCACCGGGGCCUGCAUCACUCAGGACUCUCCACUGAAGGCCGUGCAGAUGCUGUGGGUGAAUCUGAUCAUGGACACGUUUGCUUCUCUGGCCCUGGCCACUGAGCCCCCCACUGAGGCUCUGUUGCUACGGAAACCAUAUGGCCGGAACAACCCGCUCAUCUCCCUCACCAUGAUGAAGAACAUCCUAGGCCACGGAGUGUACCAGCUGGUCAUCAUCUUCACUCUGCUGUUCAUAGGUGAGCGCAUGUUUAACAUUGACAGUGGCCGCAACGCUCCACUCCACUCCCCUCCAUCUGAGCACUACACUAUCAUCUUCAACACCUUCGUCCUCAUGCAGCUUUUCAACGAGAUCAACGCUCGCAAGAUCCACGGAGAGAGAAACGUCUUUGAUGGCAUAUUUGCCAACCCCAUCUUCUGCUCCAUCGUUCUGGGGACCUUCGCCGUGCAGAUCGUGAUUGUGCAGUGGGGAGGGAAGCCCUUCAGCUGUGCCCCUCUCAACAUGGAGCAGUGGCUCUGGUGUCUGUUCGUGGGAGUUGGAGAGCUGCUCUGGGGGCAGGUGAUCGCCACGGUACCGACGGAGCGGCUGCCAUGCCUGAAGGAGGCGGGUCUGGGCCUGGAGCCGGGGGAGGAGGAAGGAGAGGAGCUGGCAGAAGAUGAGGAGGAGAUCGACUGCGCGGAGAGAGAGCUGCGUCGUGGACAGAUCCUCUGGUUCAGAGGCCUCAACCGCAUCCAGACCCAGAUGCGAGUGGUGAAAGCAUUCCGUAGUUCGCUGUACGAGGGCCGGGAGAAACCGGAAUCCCGCAACUCCAUCCACAACUUCAUGGCCCAUCCAGAGUUCCUCAUCAAUGACCUCAUCCACAAUAUCCCACUGAUCGACGACACCGACGUGGACGAUGAAUCAGAGCUCAGCAGAUACCAGCACCUGCACCCGGCCCUCCGCAAACCUCCGCCCCCUCCCACCCAGCCCCAGCCCCCGGCCCGCACCCACCCCACCCGCCCCUAUCGCCAGUACAGCCUCCCGGUGACCCCGUGCAACCGAAACAACAACAACAACAGCAGCAGCAGCAGCAGCAGCAGCAGCAUCAGUUCAACGGUCACCCGAGGCAACAAACACAGCACCAACGCAGUUACCCCCGUCAUCCAGAGCCCCCAUCACCACCGCCAACACCACCACAACCAUAAUGGCAGAGACAGGCUGUUGAAGCCAUUCGCCCCUCACCUGGCCCACCUCUACUGCGUGGAAACCUCCUUAUAACUGAGCUGAACUAGGGUUUAAGAGGGGGGGAAAGGGAACAGAGUUCUUGGGGAGGGGAGGAAGGGGGGGCAGAAGAGAGGGCUGAGGACACACACAUGACAUUUCCAUCUGAUCUCCCUUACGACAAGCUAACAGGAGGGGGCAAAGGACAAGGGAGGUGCAGGAGGGAGUGGACAAUGACCGGAGACUUCUGCUCGCAACUCCCUGGGAACAUUGCGACUUUCCCGCCCUUUGCCCCUCUUGCUCCAGCCCUCUCAGUCUGACCUCCACCAACUCCCUAUAACCCCACCUCCACCCUCUCAAACCCACCGCCGGUCUCUCUCAAACCCUCCCACCCCACCUCGACCUCACGCACACUCGUUUCACACACUCACAGUUCUGCUCUCUGCCACGUUGUCCUGAGUGACGGUGGGUCGGGGGACGGAGGAGGAUAGACAUCAAAAAAAAAAAAAAAAUACACAGAACAAAGGUUCAGCAGAACAGGGCCAUGUGGCUAUGGGGGCUGACUCACUCUGUUUCUGUUCAUCCUUAAUGUUGUUGUCACCUUCCUUCCUGACAUGACACCACAGUCACCAGUCAUCAUUGACCUGGCUGUAAUCUGCAGCCACUUCCAAACCACUACUUUGUUUGCGAUAUAAGUAACACUUUGUUAAAGCUUUAACUAGACUUCUGUCAUUUCCAUCCUCUGAUUUGUUUCUUUCUUAACAUAAUGGUGCUCAUUCAUUUCUUUCUUUUUACAUUGCUUUAUUUAUUUAUCUCU